UUUACAACUCAAAUUACCCAAAAACAAACAGGUGAUGAAGGAGUGAGACAGGAAGAGAGAGAGAGAGAGAGAAGGAGAGACAAACAGGAGUUGAACCUGCUUUGAUUCUUGAAUCAAAAAGUCAAUCUCUGCAGAAAGAGCUCAUUCAUCACCGUUGGAUCAAACACGGAUACAUCAAGGAUUGAAAAAGAAAAAGAUCAAAACGCAUGGCCCCAAGAAAGAUGAGACAAGUUAUCGAAGCAGUCAAGGAUCAAACCAGCAUUAGCCUGGCUAUGCUCGCCAGCAGCAGCGCCCUCUCCGACCUUGAAGUGGCCAUCGUCAAAGCCACUCGCCAUGGCCAGAACCCGCCCAACCAGGGCUACAUAGCCGAGAUCAUCAGCCUCACGCGCUACUCCCGCAACAUGGUCAACGCCUGCAUCGGCAUCAUUGCCAGGCGCCUCAACAGAACCAAGGACUGGGUGGUGGCCCUGAAGGCGCUCCUGCUCGUCCAGCGCCUCCUCUCUCAGAGCGGCACCGCCUUUGAGCAGGAGAUGUUCUUCACCACCAGGCGAGGGACUCGCUUCCUCAACAUGUGUGAUUUCCAGGAUUCAUCAAGGAAGGCGUGGGACUGCUCUGCGUUUGUCCGGAUGUAUGCCUUGUACUUGGACGAGCUCCUCGAGUUCCGGAUGCAGGGCCGCACGGAGAGGGGCAGAGAUCGUGGACACUAUAAGGUGGAGGAGGAAAAGGAUGGUGGUGGCAACGAUGUCGUGGUGAGGGCUACUCCUGUGUCUGAGAUGGACAAUGAUGCCGUUUUCCGCCGCGUUGAUCAUCUCAUGCAGCUUCUUGAGAGGUUUUUAGCAUGUAGACCAACAGGUGGUGCUAAGCAUAACAGAAUUGUGGUUGUGGCACUCUAUCCCAUUUUGAAAGAAAGCUUUGAAAUCUACCAUUGCAUAACAGAAAUACUAGGGACGUUGAUAGAGCGUUUUAUGCAGCUGGAAGUACCUGACAUGAUGCAAGUCCACGACAUCUUCUCUCACAUCUCCGAGCAGUAUGACGAGCUUGAUUGCUUCUACAACUGGUGCAAGAAAGUCGGGAUCAUGCGUUUGCCUGACUAUCCUAAUGUUGAGAAAAUCUCCCACCAAAAACUUGACAUGAUGAACGACUUCAUUCAACACAAGUCAUCUAUGCUGCACAACAGGAAUGCCAUCGAGUCAAAGCCUGCGCACACGAAAGAAGUGUGGACAGAGCCUCAGAAGGCGUUAUCACCAAUUAAAGAAGAAACAGCAGGUGAAGUAAACGUUACUCCUGAACCACAACAAGGUAAAAAAACUCAAGAAGAAGGUGAUCUGCUGAACCUGUAUGACGACGCGCCAACGCCUCAGGAUUUCGGGGAUCAACUGGCUUUAGCCUUGUUUGACGGCUAUCCGUCUACAACUGCUCCUGUAAGCACAAGUCCUCCAUGGGAAGCCUUCGAGGAAUCGGAAUCAGGGGACUGGGAGACAGCCUUAGUUCAGUCUGCUAGCCACUUGUCAAACCAGAAGCCGUCUCUCCCUCAAGGCUUUGAUCCAUUGAUUCUUGAUGGUAUGUACCAAUAUGGGGCAAUGGCACACAAGGGAGCUUCCACGGGUUUCUAUGCCACUGGAAGUGCUAGUAGUGUUGCACUAGGGUCUGCCGGGAGACCAGCCAUACCGGCCUUGCCAGCACCACAGUCACCAGCUAACUGUGGUGUCAAUAGUUUCUCACCAAACGACCCUUUUGCAGCUUCUCUUGCCAUUGCGCCACCUUCCUAUGUGCAAAUGUCUGAGAUGGAGAAGAAGCAAAGGUUGUUAUUGCAAGAGCAGCUAUUGUGGCAGCAGUAUACAAGAGACGGCAUGCAUGGACAAGUAGGAUUAGCAAAUUUGCAACAGAAUUCUUAUCAAUACAUCCCAAACGUUUACGCAGCAGCUUGGUAAACUUCUACUGAGAUUGUUUGCGAGAAAAUUCCAACUACACACACAGAUGAAGUGAAGAAGAGAGAGCCAGAUAUUACAAUUCUGCAACAAGUGAUUUUUUUGUGAGUAUCUAAUACUACCAAUUAGAUAAGAAUCACCACCAGAAAAAAAUUGCUUCAAGAGACUGUUGGAAGAAUGUGAACUUGUUCUUUCCCUCGAAGGGAAACAAGAUUGUGUAUUGAUUGUUCCCAGUUUUGAAAUUUAGUCUCUUUUAUCUGCA